AUGAGCUCGAUCGAAAACGCUUCAAAGAAGCCAUCUAUGGCCUCUGCUUCUUCGAAUCCAGAAUCACGUUUCUCUACAAGACCUCGUGACAGCGACAAACCCGUCAAGAGGCAGAUCUUGACUUCGCCCAGAAAACCUGAAACAACCUUGAAAUUGCCGGAAAGGUUUGAGAUUCUGGAUGAAUGCUUUAAUGGGUUGGUCACCGCGAUUAGGUUGCUCAAGCUAAAGGGGUCUUUGACUUCGAUUGCUAAUAUAUGUCCCAAGAUUGAGUAUCUUACUAAUCUGAUCUUCUCGUAUGAUCAUUUGGCUCAGAUGAAGCAUAUUUAUCCAGAAGCCAUUGAAGUGAAGAGAGUUUUGAAGUGUGAUGAAGUCACUAGUUGUAUGAAACCUACUCGUCACAUUAACUUAAACACCGAUGCAACUGAACUUGAAGAUACAAGUUGCGGAACUAAAUACAUGCAGCUUAGAACGGUGUUCUACUCAAAGCUUGUAGAUUUUUACAAAGCUCAUCCUAAGGAUGAGAUUCCGAAAGAACUACUUCCUGAACCGUUCAAUUUCUCCAAAAAGGAUUCAGACACAAUAAGUGUAGUGGACGUGGAUGAAAAUGAUGGGUUUGAUGUUCAAAUGGAGGAGAUUGAGCAACAAGAAGAUAAAGUCAACAAUGUAAUUCCAGAUUCUACUUUAUUAGAUGGUACUGAGGAAUGUUUGUUACCAAACACAGAGUCAACCCCAGCCAAAGUUUUGUCAACUCCCUCCAAGGAUCUGUCAACACCAAUCAAGCUCAUGAGUGCUACACCGCUGCAGCCCUCUAGAAGAUGUCUUACAAUGACUCCAGAUGAUGAUAGUGACUCUGUUAGACCAACAAAUGAUCUGGAAAGGCGUCCUUCUCGCACUAGGUGUCUGAAUUUCGAUACUCUGGAGGAAGAAGAUGGAACAGUCAGUGAUGAAUCUAAUGAUGAAGCAAACGAUGAUGAAGCUAGUGAUGCUUCCUACGAUGAAGAUAGUGAUGCUUCCUACGAUGAAAUUAGUCUGCUGCACUCAGUAAGAACCAAAGAACCAAGGGCUGAAACCGUGAAGCAAAACUUGCCUAAGCUUGUUGAUGUGAUUCAUAAAUUGUUUCGCUCAACAAACAAAACGGUCAUCACCAAGGAAGAGCUUCUUCACAAGAUGAUCGCAUGCCAAAUCGAUAUAAUGGAUAGAAAGGAAGUGGAGGAACAGCUAAGGUUGAUGCUGCAAUUGGUUCCGGAUUGGAUCUCUGAAACAAAAGCAUCUUUUGGGGAUGUUCUUGUUAGCAUUAAUAAAAUGUCCACUCCAGACACUGUACGUGCAAGACUCGAGGAAGCAACUUCACAGGACACUUCCACCACUCCUGAUAAAUAAAUGAUUAGUUUCAAUUAUCAUUAAUCUUUACACAUCUUUCCUUUACGAUCAUCUUCAUGAUCUUAGGAAACGUAUUACAAUGUUGUUAAUUUAUUAUCAAACAUAAUAAUUAUCUAAUGAUUGUGGCUGGUUAAGUUGUCUAAG